CUAUCCUGCUCAGCGCGCAAGGAAGCUUUCUGCUCUCUCCUCUUUCGCACUUCUCUUCUUCAAGCUUCAAGCACUUCCCAUACCUCUGAUCAUAGUCUUGUCGAAGUCCUCAAGCCCAACAUAUCUCUCACACCCAUAGAAUCCCAUCAACACCCUGAAACAGUAUGGACGAAGCUUCCGCACAACUUAUCCUGAGCCUACUUCAUCAAGAUGUGCAGGAGGAGAUUGAAUCCAGCAGGGCCGGGAACAACAACAGCGGGGCAUCUGAUCAUGAACUCGCUCUACGCGAAUGGGCAUCCCAGAUCCAAGAGUGCGCCACGACCACCCACGACAGCCAUAUGGCCCUGAGCAUCGACCGAGCGACCUACGACGACCGCGUGGCACUCACCUUAGCUGCACAGGAGGAGAGCAGGGCGCUUGCCGACCGAACGCUCGCUCUUCGCUACGGAAACCAAGCGCAACAAGCCCAGCACCAGCCAGCCCAGCGUCUAGCUACGCAACAGACCCAGGAUGCCACCAGGAUCCUGGCACGCAUAGACGGGGCCGACAUCUCCUCUCUGUUUCCCGCACGCACUGCAGCUGCUCUUGGAUACGGCGCUGGGUCACCUUCCAAUGUCGCCGCAAAGCCCCCCCUGGAAAAUAAUGCCACGGCUGAGUGUGUUGCGUGCUUCGAGGAACAGCCCUUGAAGGACAUGAUGCAGACACCGUGCUCGCAUCGGUACUGUAGGGCUUGUGUACUACGUCUAGUCAGAGAGGCACUGGCGGAUGAGUCGCUUCUGCCGCUCCGUUGCUGCCGUCUGCCGAUUCCUCCAUCGACGCUUCAAGAUCACCUGGGCCAUCGAUUGGCCAAGCAGCUGGAGGACAAGUUGAUCGAGAGAGAAGAUCCGUACAGGACCUACUGCUCCAGAGCGGGAUGCGGUCAGUACUUGAUGCCAUACCAGGUGCAGGGCUACAUCGGCACAUGCAAGAUCUGUCGACAGGAGACUUGCACUCUCUGCAAACAGCCCGCCCAUGCAGGGACCGAGUGCGAUGAUGACCAGGUUGAAGACCAGACUGUUCUAGACCUUGCAGCUGAGCAGGGAUGGCAGCGCUGUGCGCGAUGCAGCCAUGUCAUCGAGCUGGGAACAGGGUGCAACCACAUCACAUGCCGCUGCAGGUACGAGUUCUGCUAUGUCUGCAGCUCUACCUGGAGAUCGUGCACCUGUCCGAUUUGGGACGAGAGAAGGUUAUUGCUCCGAGCUCAAGACGUCGCCGGUCGAGAUCGAGACGAUCCGCCACCCGAGCAGGAAGUUCAACAAGUGGCACAAAACCUCCAGGAAGACCACGAAUGUGACCACGACAACUGGAGGCGCGUUAAAGGCGCCCAUCAGUGCGAAGAGUGCCACGACGACUACCCGCACUUCAUCUACGAAUGCCGACAAUGCCGCUUGCUCGCUUGCGCGCGCUGCCGAUUCAAUCGUCUUUAG